AUGCCAGGCGCUAAGUACUAUGAUGGUAAAAAAUUAAACAUACCAGUCUCAAAAGAAUCUGGAAUAGAACUGUACCAAAGAUGGACAAUUCAGGGAUUGAGCAGCCUUAUAUCAGCUAUUGCUCAAAAAGAGUCUAAAGCAAUGAACGAAUAUCAUCGUAAUAAGCUGUUCAAAUGUUCUAAAACAUCUGAAACAAUUCAUGAACAUUCCAAAUGUGUAUUCGCAGUAAUCGACGAAGCAAAAGACAAAACAAGUUCUGUUAGAGGACAGAGAUUAGGAGUUCUCAGCUCUAUAUUAGAAGCCAGCAAUGACACAUGGAAUAAAAACUCGGCUUUCACGAUUUACCACCCAACAGAAAAAGAGGCAAAGGAACGAAUUCAAUUUCGUUCACGAAGAGAUAUAAUCCGAGCCAACAACUACAAGUUGCAAUCAGAAAUGGAAACUAUGACUCCGUUUGGCCUUCUUGGCAAAUACCUUUCGAACAGCAUAACUUCUCUGAAAGGCAAAGACGCCAAGAAAUGGGACACUAUGCACACAAACCUUCAAGAAAUUCAGCGUAAGAAAAAGGCUAAAGAAGAACUGCGAAAGGCCUUUAAAAAAAAAUUUGAAUUCGCCAAAUACGGAGCUGAAAAUACGAAGAAAAAGUUCAAACUGACAGAGGCUGAAAAAACACUUGUAAAAGAAUUUCAAAUGCCACAAGAAUUGGUGGACCAGCUGCAAACCGGUAGUGAUUGGGACUCAAAAGUAUUAGCUGAAGUUAUGAGCAUACUGACAGACUCUGUAAAGAUAACAUCGGUUUUGUCAAGUAAUAACAAAACUAAGCAUUUGAUGAAUAAAAAACGACUCAAUUUUGCUUCUCCUCGUUUCUUGUCUGUAGUUCCGGAGCAAGAUGAUGGUGAUGCGUUAAGCAUGCUCUCUCCGUCGUUGUUCAGUUUGCAUGGAGAAGGUAAGGGUCUGGAGCGAUUGAUGAGUCUGCCACACUUGAUAAACUCGAUGAACAGUUCUGAUCACAAACAGUGGUUAAAUUUCAUAUUAGAGGCAUCAGGUGUCACAGAUGCUUUGGAAAGAAUAAAUAAGAAAGUAAUGUACUUUAAAAGUAUCUUGUCGAAGUUACCAAAAAUUAUUUAUUCUAUUAAGGAAGAAGAAGAUAAAUUUAUGCCAAUACCAUAUGACAAGUUUCCACGUGGUAUUGAUGGGCAGCCUAUGUACAUGACUAAAGAAAACGCCAGUGAAAUUGGAGGUAAAGAAGCAGUGGACAAAAUCGAAAUUUUUGAAAAUAUCCAAAGAAUGCUAGAAAAAAAUCAGAUUGACGAAUUCAACGAUGUGGGUUAUUCAGUUCUGAAUAAUGACCAACUAGAUUUUGUUUACGGUGCUAAAUCACCAUAUCGAAAUGAUAAAAGCCUAGCUUUAUUUAAAUCAAUGAGCACCAGUCAAAUACAUCAACGAAUGCUUUCAAACUUACAAGACCUCGGUAAAACAACGCAUAUUCGUGCCAAACGCGAAGUCGUUCUUACCCCGGUUUUGUUUGAUUGGAUUGUUUUACGUCCGGAAGGGACUUCUCAGCCCUUCGUUCUCUCUCCUAUACUUUUCGCUGCCGCAGUAUUUUCCCCAGCUAUUUUUGGCCCGGUCAUCUUAUCUCCGUGGUUAUUUGUAGCAGUCAUUCUUUCACCACGUCUUAUGUGCCCUGUGGUUCUCUCUCCUGUGGUUUUGUCAGCCAUUAUUCUUUCACCACUUGCUAUGGAUCCACUAAUUUUGUGCCCAGCG